AGAGGGCAGUACUGUUUUGGACUUCCUUACAGUCACUGCUGAGGUCUCAUAAAUAACAAUCUGAGUCAGUGCUGGAGGGAGGCUAGCAUUAGCUGGCUUUAAUAUAUGGGAAACGAAGAAGCCUAAUUUAAAAGUGGCAAAGCAGCGCAGUGAAGCAUGAACCUGCUAUGAAAGACCCAGGAGGACAUUUGGGGCUUCGUUCGGGCUGUCCAGGCCACUUCCAGCCUGCUGGAGGAUUAGAGAGGAACCCCACAGGAGAAUUUAGUAAAUCCUGACUUCUUCAACGUCCAGACUGGAGGUGUGGACGCCAUGGCCAGUCCACAGCAGACUGAUUUGUCAUAUGCGUGGGAAAAGUACAUGGACUGUAGACUGCAAGGAGCGGAUCUGCAGGUCAGCCUUCAGAGUCUGGAGAAUUUCCUCUGUCUCUUCCACUACGUGCAGCACCACCCCAACCCCAGCACCAAAGAUGCACUGAAAUUCUGCUCAGACAUGAGUGGGGCCAGUAACACACUGGCGAGGGAGUUCCUGACUGAUGUACAUCAACUAUGCAGCGCGGUGGCCCAGAGAGCAGAGGCACGGGAGGAAGAUGAGGAGGAGAGUCACAUGGUGGCACUGGGCGAGUACCUGGUCAGAGGACGAGGCUUCCUGUUACUCAGCACUCUGGACUCAAUCAUUGACCAGGAGCUGACCUGUCGAGAGGAGCUGCUCACUUUGCUGCUGUCUUUACUCCCAUUGGUCUGGAAGAUUCCUGUGCAGGAGGAAAAAGCCCCAGAUUUCACCCUGCCGUCCCUACUGGAGGUUUUCCUCAGUCGGGAGGUGAAGGCUGUCCCUCCCAGAACAGGACAGAAGGCUGCAGCAGAUGAACAGAGCUCUGGGAAGAAGGCCCGUGUUGGCAGUGGCACCUGGAAAUCACGCAGGUCGCGCAGAACAGCACAGCGAUACUCUGUAAAAGAUGCUCGCAAGUCCCAGGUUUCUACCUCAGAUUCAGAAGCCAACUCUGAAGACAAAGCUGUCCUCGGCCCAGGUGGUGGCAGGAGCCGAAGAUCACAUGGCUCCACCAUCCAGGUAAGCUGUCAGCAUCAUCGUUCCGAGGCCUCCCACUUAACAUCCACCACUGCGACAGAAACCAUGAGUGCACCAUACCCCCAUCCCAGAGCCCCUGGAGUCCAGAUGGCUGACACUGAAACCCUGACAGAUCCGGCUGCAAUAUCAAUAUUCAACCGCAUGGAAAACUCGCCCUUCGAUCUCUGCCAUGUGUUGCUUUCCCUCCUGGAGAAGGUGUGCAAGUUUGACAUGAGCAUCAACCACAACCCUGGCCUGGCUGUCAGCGUUGUACCGACUCUCACAGAGAUCCUGACGGAGUUUGGAGAUUGCUGCGGUCCGGGGGGAGGAGGUGGAGGUGGAACAGGAGCGGAGGAGCUUGCUGGAGGCUGGACGGAGGAGCCUAUCGCACUGGUCCAGAGGAUGCUACUACGCACCAUCUUGCACCUGAUGUCAGUGGAUGUGAGUCAGAAUGAGAGCCUUCCUGACAGCCUGAGACGGAGUCUGACGGACCUGCUGCGAGCCACCCUCAAAAUCCGGAGCUGCUUGGACAGGCAGAGCAACCCUUUUGCUCCAAGGCCCAAGAAGACUUUGCAAGAGGUUCAGGAUGACUUCUCGUUCUCCCGUUAUCGUCACAGAGCAUUACUGCUACCAGAGCUUCUAGAGGGAGUACUACAAGUGCUGCUGGGUUGCCUUCAGGCUUCCACACCCAACCCCUUUUUCUUUAGCCAGGCUCUAGAGCUCAUCCAUGAGUUUGUGCAGCACCGUGGCCUGGAGCUCUUUGAGGCCACUGUGUUGAGACUGGAGGGACUUGGCAGGGUCAGGGAUUCUGAGGUAGGAGGUGAGGCUUCAGAGAGGCUAAGAGGUCUUAUUGCAGGGGUCUUCAAGAUCAUCAGUGCUGUUAAGAAGGCAAAGUCAGAGCAGCUGCAUCAAUCCGUUUGUGCCAGACGCCGUCACCGUCGCUGUGAAUAUUCCCACUUUCUGCAUCACCACAGAGACCUGUCAGGUUUGCCAGUCUCUGCUUUUAAGCAGGCUGCCAGACGCAACCCCUUUGAAGAGGAUGGAGAAGGCAAGGAAGGGAUGGAGGGUGAUGCUGUUCGCUACCCUGAGCGCUGCUGCUGCCUGGCUGCCUGUGCCCACCAAUGUCUGCGGCUCUUGCAGCGCCUGUCUCCCAGUGGGCCUGCUGUGUUGCAGGUAUUGGCUGGGGUGCAGGCAGUUGGAAUCUGCUGUUGUAUGGACCCCCGCUCAGUCGUAGGACCCUUGCUACAUGCCUUCCAAGCUCCAGGUUUGCGUAGUUACCAGUCUCAUGUACUCAGUGUCCUGGGCAGACUGAUCUUAGACCAGCUCGGUGGGGGGCAGCCUUCAGAGAAAGCAAAGCUGGCCUCCUGUAACAUCUGCACUCUGGACAGCAGCCAGCUGCCGGGCCUGGAAGAGACCCUGCAGCACGGAGAACAUUCAGCCAUUUCUACUAGUCUUUGUUACCGCUCCCAGGGUAUUCUGCCCAGUGGAGGGGGGGCUGAGGACAUGUUGUGGAAGUGGGAUGCUCUGGAGGCCUACCAGGAGCUGGUUUUUGGAGAAGACUGGCAUCUAAGCCAGCAGAUAGCUGGCCAUGUGUGCCACCUGACUCUGCGGGGCAAUGCUAUAGUGCAGUGGCAGCUCUACACGCAUAUCUUCAACCCUGUACUGCAGAGAGGAGUAGAGCUGGCCCACCAUGCCCAGCAGCUGGGGGUUUCCACUGUCUGUACUCAGGUCUGCAGCUAUCACACACAGUGCCUGCCUGUGGAGGUACUACUCGUUUACCUGCAAAUAUUACCUGCACUUCUCAAGUCAAGGGUGAUCAGAGACCUUUUCAUUAGUUGCAAUGGGCUCAACCAGGUGACAGAGCUUGUCUACCUGGAUCAGACGCGCUCUUUGGCUUUGAAGGUGUUUGAGACUCUGAUAAUUGGCACUGGAUACCAGCAGGCUGAUGGGGUGCUUCAGGAGCUGGAGAGUGCUGAUGCUGAAGAAAGGGAGGCUGUCUUAGGCCUGGCUGAGGAACUGGGGUCCCGAGGGGUUGGAGAGGGCAGUCAGAGCCUCAGCAAGUUCUAUGAAGGCCUGAAAGAGGCAUAUCCACGGCAUAAGAGCCGUAGUGGGCAGGGAUGUGGACCAGGGCGCAGCCGAACAGAGACCCACCUUCAUGUUAUCAACCUCUUCCUAUGUGUGGCCUUCCUCUGUGUCAGCAAAGAGGCUGAUUCUGACCGGGACUCGGCCAACGACUCUGAAGACACUUCAGGUUAUGACAGUACAGCGAGUGAACCUCUGGGCGGGCGGCUGCCUUACCUGUCUCCAGAUAGUGUAGCUUUGCCCUCCAAAGAGCAGGUACGACGUGCUGCAGACGUUUGGUCAGUGUGUAGGUGGAUCUACCUGGCCAGCCCUUUGUUCCAGAGGCAGUUUUUCAGACUAGGAGGACUGGAUGUCUGCUUGCGCCUCAUGGCCAUGGUUAUACAGAAACUCUCCUGUAAGACCAAGGAUGGAAAAGCAAAGAAGAAAAGAGAUGGUAAAGGUAAAGGCAGCCCCGACUCCACAGCUCCAGCAACUUCACUGGCACUGGAGGAGACGUCUCAUGAUUCAGCCGACACCCUCAGCACUGGUCCAGCUGAGGGAAGGACCAAAGAUCCCGCAAAGAAGCUGGAGGAGGAGUGGCAACUACAAAGUAUUCGUCUCCUUGAGGCCUUAUUGGCUAUUUGUCUACACAGCGCAAACUCAACACUGCAGAGGAUAGAGCCUGAGCUUUCUUAUCAGCUCCAGUCAGUGGAGGAUACCCUGUUUGAGGUGAGAGACCAGCUGUCUCGCUCAGGAGUGGUGAACUCUGACCUUGCUGUACCGCUGUUUGACUCUCUCCUGCGAGUGGCCUUGGCCGAGGUGUCAUCCUGUCCCGAUCCCCCCGAGGAGAAGCCAGACAGGGUGAGUCCUGCCUUGGGAGAACCUAAGCUCCAGGUGUUGACGGAGGGGACAGCCCCGGCAGGCGAUCUGUCCGAGGAGGUGGACGAGGUGCAGAGCUGUGGCGUCAAGCCCCCGGGGGAGGAGGAGGGCUACGACGCCGACAGCGAAAGCAACCCUGAGGACAUGGCCAAGCAGGAAGAGGGAGUGAAGGUGGAGUCGGCCGUGUUGCGCGAGUUUGCGGCGGUGACGGACGGGCCCGGGCGUGGCGUGCUCCUGUUCCCAGAGAUCUGCACAAUGGAACUGCAGCUUCUUGCCUCCGGCUCCCCGGACCUGGAGGUUCUGAGUCAUGUGUUCCACAGCCUGCUUGGUGCGGUGCACGCCAACAGCCGCAAUGCUGCCUUACUCUAUGACCAGGGAGGAGUCAAAACUAUCUUGUCUGGCUUUCACAACAUCCUCAGUCAAACAGACCCCUCCUUUACAGAUUGCCAGACUGUGCUAGUGGAGCUGCUGGUUGCCAUGGUGAGCCAGCGAAUCACAGCGGAGGAACUGGCUCUAUUGAUUCGCCUCUUCCUGGAGAAGACCCCACCCACUGAGAUUUUACUAAAGGGCAUCUUACAAAUCAUUGAAGCCAACAUGAAUAUGGAACCUCUUCACUUCCUGACCUUUCCCAUAAUCCUUGGGGCCUCAACGCCAGCAGGAUUGUCCCCUGGCUCCAGACAAACCUGUGCUGCUGGAGGGAAAAGUGUUGGUUUGCUGUGGAAGGGCAAACUGUCUCCUGGUCGCAGGGAGGGGGAUAUAGCGUACCGACCGAGCCACCUCCGUUCCUCCCCCUGGCACAUUGCUCCUCUCCACUUACCCCUAGUGGGGCAGAACUGCUGGCCCCACAUGGCCAGCGGCUUCAGUGCCUCUAUGUGGCUGACGGUGGCAGAGCAGGAGGAGAAGGACGUGGACAAAGACAAGGAUGAAAGUAGCCCUCUUGCAGCUGAGUCACACCAUGGUUCAUCUCAGGCUGGGACAAGAUUAGUAGAGGAACGCCUCGUUCAUAUUCUGUCCAUGGGCUCCAAGGCACUGAUGCUUCAAGUGUGGGCCGACUUCUCCACAGGCUCUCUGACUUUUAGGAUUUGUAUAGACCCGAAUGACGAGAUAAAAGCAGGACUGCUGGCGCAGGCAGACUCUGGCGAAGGGCUGCUGAGAGCGGGCCAAUGGCAGCACCUCGGCCUCACUUACAGCCAGCAGCCAGAGGGAAAGAAGAACAUCCACGGGCGUGUGGUUGUCUGGGUGUGUGGCAUCUGGAAAUGUGAGGUUUCUUUGGACUACACUCUACCCAGGAAGUCCAGUUUAUCAUCUGACAGCAACAAAACCUUCUGCAUGCUGGGCCACUGUACGCCUUUCUCUGAAGAUCUUCUGAAGCAGGGUGGACGCUGGAGCAUGGGCACUGUGCUUCUGUUCAACGGGUCUAGAAUAGGAUCAGAGGAGGCCUUCUACCUUUACACCAGUGGACCAGACCUCACCUCCAUAAUGCCCUGCAAGUAUGGCAAGCCAAGUGGAACGUUCUCCAAGUUUGUCACUCAGGAAGGACUGAAGUGUGAGAACGUCAGAGAGAUUCUGAUGAAGAGCAAGGAUAUAGACACGACGACUCUGGUUGAGAGUUUGGCAGUGGUGUAUGCCCCCAGCAGUCCACGAGUCUACACCAUCUAUGAACCUGUAAUCAGACUGAAAGGUCAGGCCAAAACAGUGAUUACCCAGCGGCCUUUCAGCUCCAAAGAAGUGCAGAGUGUUUCCCUGGAGUCCAACGCUCUCAGAGCUCUGCUCCCCACGGAAACCCACGGCCUGCAGAGCGUCCUACACAAGAUCGGUGGAACGGGAAAUUUUGUCUUUCUCUUUGCACAGACGGUGGAGCUGAGUGACUGUGAGAAGACCCAGGCUCUGGCCCUACGAGUGCUGCUGUCUCUGUCCAAGUUUAACCAACACCGUAUCCACGAAAUGGACUGUUACCAUGGUUACUCUAUGAUCCAUCAGGUCCUCAUCAAGUCCAAAUGCAUCGUAGGAUAUCAUAUGCUGAAAACUUUACUUGAUGGGUGUUGCAGUGGACCCAUCCUGCUCCUGGGGGACGAUGGUCAGUUCCGUUUGGACACUGAGUCGAUCGCUGUGGUGCAGGAUAUCAGGCUUCUCUCAGAUGUUCUGUUGGACUGGAAGAUCUGGGCCAAGGCUGAGUGUGGAGUGUGGGAAACGCUGCUCGCUGCCUUAGAGAUCCUCAUCAGGGUUCACCACCCUCAACAGGUCUUUAACGUUCGUCAGUUCCUCAAAGCUGAGGUGGUGCAUCGAUUCCUGCUCACCUGCCAGGUGUUACAGGAGCAUCGGGACGAGCAUCUGACUGCCAUCCCACAGGAAGUAUGUUUGUCAUUCAUCAAAAUCAUCCAGGAGGUCCUCGGCUCUCCUCCAGACAUGGACCUGCUGAAACUGAUCUAUAACUUCCUGCUGGCUGUUCACCCGCCGACCAACACCUACGUCUGCCACACUCCAUCCAGCUUUUACUUCUCCCUACACAUAGAUGGGAAGCUGUACCAGGAGAAGGUUCAGUCCAUUAUGUACCUGAGACACUCCAACAGUGGAGGGAAGUCUGCCAGCAGCUCUGUGGUGUCACUCUCCCCGACUGUUUUCACUGAUGCUCCCCAUGACGGCCAUCUCCACGCUCCCUCGCCUGAGCACGGAGGUGAUGAUCAGUCGUUACGCCCCCCUAGUCUGGCGCCAUCUCCGUACUGCUCGCCCCUGCUGACACCUCGACUCGGACACGGCAGCUCAAAUGAGGCGGGUGAAGGUGACGGGGUCUCCCUUGCCACUCAGCAGGCUCUCGGCAGCACGGAGACGCUCAAAAGGGGCGGAGGUGAUGAGCAGCUCCUGAGCAGCUGUGAAUCAGCCAAGACAAUCUGUGACUCGAAGGACACAGGUGAAGGAGCGGCCCUGCGUACGCCAUCCAUCAGCGUGGAGGAGGAGCGCGAGGAGGUAGCGGAGGUGGACAGUCUUGCGGAGGGGAGUGUCGGGGUGGCGGAGUCUGAAGACAGGUUUGAUUGGGCCAGUGAUGAAGCGCCACGCCGCCCUGACAGCUUAAAGGGUAUCCAGUCCUUCCAGAGGAGCCACAGUAACCUGGCCAGUCUGGGCUUGGCCUUCCCUGCUCCCAAUGGCUCGUUGACCAUCGGCCGCUGGCCCAGUGCCGCUGACCGAGGCUCCAUGCCUGAAGACUGGGAAAGCUACACCUAUUCUCCUGGUUACGAGAGGGCCCACAGCAAGACUGAAUCCAAUGACCGGUCCAGCACAGAGGACUGCCUGGUGCUGAUCUGCUGUGGACUCUAUGACCUUCUGAGAGGUGUCUUGCUGCUGUUGCCUGACCUCAUGCUCGAGGAGGUGAUGGAUAAACUCGUGCAGCCAGAAGCCCUCAUUGUCCUGGUCAAUCACUCAUCACCUCUGAUCCAGCAAGGAGUCAUGAAGCUGCUCGAUGCCUAUUUCAGCAGAGCUCUCAAGGAGCAGAAGGAGAAGUUUCUGAAGAACCACGGCUUCUCACUGCUGGCCAACCAGUUGUACAUCCACCAAGGCAGCCAGGGGCUCCUUGAAUGCUUCCUGGAGAUGCUGUUUGGGCGACCGGUGGGCCUGGAGGAAGAUCUGGAUCUGGAGGAAAUGGAAAAUAUCUCACCCUUCAGAAAGCGCUGUAUCAUCCCAGUGCUGGGUCUUAUUGAGAACUCCCUGUAUGAGAACUCCUUGGUGCACAGCAUCCUGUGCAUGCUGCUGCAGCUCGUCAACGCCUGCCCCAAGCUGGCAGACAUCCUGUUAGACCACGGCCUGCUCUAUGUGCUCUUUAACACCCUCUCCACCCUCAAUGGCAUGGAGAAUGGUAUUCCCCUGAAUGACUACAAGCUCCUGGUGUGUGACAUCCAGCAGAUGUUAGUCGCUGUGACGAUCCACUCCUGCAGCUCUUCAGGGUCCCAAUACUUCCGCAUCAUCGAGGACCUCAUUACCUUGCUGGGUUUCAUGCAGACCAGCAAGAUGCGUCGCACACAGGAGAUGGCUGUGGCUCUGCAGUUCCGCGUCCUUCAGUCUGCGAUCGAGUUCAUAAAGACAACAGCCAACCAAGAGCCUCAGAAGCUGAGCAGUUCUGUCAAUGCGCCGAGCUCUCCGCAUCACGCCAUCUAUCAAAAGCGCAAGAGCAUCGCAGGUCGUCGCCGGUUCUCUCUGGCCCAGACUGACUCUCUCCUGAUGCGGAUGCGCUCUGUAGCCAGCGAUGAACUCAACCAGAUGAUGCAGAGGAGGAUGAGCCAGGAAAACCCCAUUCGUGCCAGUGAGACCGAGUUUGUCCAGCGGCUGCAGAGGCUUGUGGUUCUUGCUGUCAACAGACUCAUUUACUACGAUGUGAGUCAGGACUUAUUUGACCUGCUGAAUAUCCCAGACUCUCCAGACCAACAGCUUUUCACACCAGAACCUGGUGAUCAACCACAAGAGGAGAGUGGCUCGGCCUCUGUCCCACAUUCUCCAACACCUUUCACUCUUCCACCUGCCAGCAAGAAGAGCUUUCAGAAAGAUAUCCUCAAACUCAUGAUGGAUGGAAUCAAGAUCAGCCUGGGCAGCACAGGUCGAGGUGGAGCCCCACAUCAACAGUGGCGAAGGAUUCUCUGGUCCUGUCGAGAGACUUUCCGGGUCCAAAUAGGUCGUCUGCUGGUGCACACACUCAGCCCUGCGCUUCCCCUGUCUGACAGGAAGGAGGCGCUUGAGUUUGUGUUUGAUCCCAGGCAUUUAGAUAUUCUGAAGGAGAGCCUCAGUCCGGGUCUAGAGCAUGGACCAAAGUUGUCGUUGUACCUGUACGAGAUGCUGCACGAUCACAAGGACAGCCUCACCAAAGACGAGCAGAGUGCCGUGGGUGUAUUCAUGACCUCACUCAAGCUUUGCGGUCAUCGCUGCAUCCAACCCAACACGCCACACAAACAAGACUUGCUCAAACUCAAAGAUGAAACAUUAAAGUAUGAAACUGAAGAGAAAACAAGUAAAAUGGCAUGGGAAAAGAAAAUGGCCAACACUCAGAGGAAUCUUAUCCAGAGACUGGAUGGAAAGUCCAAGGACAUUUCCAAGAUUGCAGCAGAUAUCACUCAGAAUGUGUCUCUGCGGCAAGGCAUGGAGAGAAAGAAAGUCAUCCAGCACAUCAGGGGCCUUUACAAGACAGACCUCAGUGCCAGCCGCCACUGGCAGGAGCUGGUGCAGCAACUCACACAUGACCGUGCGGUUUGGUACGACCAGACAUCCUACCCGACAUCCUGGCAGCUGGACCCCACAGAAGGGCCGAACCGGGAGCGACGGCGGCUCCAGAGAUGCUACCUCACCAUCCCCAACAAAUAUCUACUCAAAGACAGACGCCAGCCUGAAGACUCCGUGAAGCCAGCUCUCUCCUUCCUGUUUGAGGACAAGACUCACUCCUCCUUCUCCUCCACUGUCAAAGACAAAGCUACCAGCGAGUCCAUCAGGUUCACCAGGCGGUGCAUCAGCGUUGCCCCCUCCAGAGAGACAGCAGGGGAGCUACUUCUGGGAAAAUCUGGAAUGUACUUUGUGGAGGACAAUGCUGCUGAUGCUCAUGACAACCAGAGUCUUCAUGGAGAGACCGAGGCACCCUCUUUCUCCUGGACAUACGAGGAGAUCAAGGAGGUGCACAAGCGAUGGUGGCAGCUAAGAGACAACGCCGUGGAGAUAUUCCUCACCAAUGGCAGGACCCUGCUGUUAGCAUUUGACAACACCAAGUUCCGAGAUGAUGUCUACCACAACAUCCUAACCUCUGAUCUUCCCAACCUGCUGGAGCACGGAAACAUCACGGCGCUCACACAGCUGUGGGGCUCGGGUCAGAUCUCUAACUUUGAGUACCUCACGCAUCUCAACAAGCACGCCGGUCGCUCCUUCAACGACCUCAUGCAGUACCCAGUGUUCCCCUUUAUCCUGCGAGAUUACACCAGCGAGACGAUCGACCUGCAGGACCCAAACAUCUACAGAAAUUUAAGCAAACCCAUCGCAGUCCAGUCCAAAGAGAAGGAGGAUCGCUACGUGGAUAAUUACAGGUAUUUGGAGGAAGAGUACAAAAAGGGUAUUCGUGAGGACGACCCCAUGCCGCCCGUCCAGCCUUAUCACUAUGGCUCACACUACUCCAACAGUGGCACUGUGCUGCACUUCCUGGUUCGAAUGCCACCCUUCACCAAGAUGUUCCUCGCCUACCAGGACCAGAGCUUUGAUAUCCCGGACCGAACGUUUCACUCCAUGAACACAACGUGGCGUCUGUCUUCGUACGAGUCCAUGACUGAUGUGAAAGAGCUCAUCCCAGAGUUUUUCUACCUCCCGGAAUUCCUGGUCAACAGAGAGGGUUUUGAUUUUGGGGUUCGUCAGAAUGGAGAGAGGGUGAAUCAUGUGAAUUUACCUCCCUGGGCUCGGAACGACCCACGUCUCUUCAUCCUGAUCCACCGACAAGCACUAGAGUCCGACCAGGUCUCCCAGACGCUGUGUCAGUGGAUCGACUUGGUGUUCGGGCUCAAGCAGAAAGGCAAAGCUGCCGUCCAGGCCAUCAACGUCUUCCAUCCAGCUACCUAUUUUGGCAUGGACGUUUCGGCAGUAGAAGACCCAGUCCAGCGACGGGCUCUGGAGACGAUGAUCAAGACGUACGGACAGACGCCCAGGCAGCUCUUCAACGCCUCUCAUAUCAGCAGGGCGGGACCCAAACUCAUGAUGGAGGGGGAGCUGCCGGCCGCCAUGGGCCUCCUGGUUCAGCUGGCCUUCAGAGAAACCAGAGAGCAGGCGAAGGAAAUAGUCUGCCCGAGUCCACUGCCAUGGAUCAAAGGUCUGAAGUGGGGUGAGUACGUGGGCUCCCCCUCCGCUCCUGACCCCGUGGUGUGUUUCAGCCAGCCCCACGGCGAGAGGUUUGGAUCCCUGCUGGCUCUGCCGACCCGAGCCAUCUGUGGCCUUUCCCGCAAGUUCUGCCUCAUGAUGAUUUACAGCAAGGAGCAGGGUGUGCGGAGCAUGCACAGCACAGACAUCCAGUGGUCAGCCAUAUUGAGUUGGGGCUACGCAGACAACAUACUGAGGCUGAAAAGCAAGCAGAGCGAGCCGCCUAUCAACUUCAUUCAGUGUUCACAACUCCACCAGGUGACCAGCUGCGCCUGGGUGCCCGAUGGUUGCCAGCUAUUUACGGGUAGCAAGUGUGGAGUCAUCACCGCCUACAGCAACCGCUUCACCAGCACCACGCCGUCGGAGAUGGAGGUGGAAUCUCAGGUUCACCUGUACGGUCACACGGGGGAGGUCACCAGCCUGUUCGUCUGCAAGCCCUACAGCAUCCUGAUCAGCGUCAGCGACGACGGCACCUGCAUCCUGUGGGACCUCAACAGACUCUGCUAUGUACAAAGCCUCACAGGCCACAAAAGCCCAGUAACUGCCGUGUCUGCCAGCGAGACCACAGGAGACAUCGCUACAGUCUGUGACUCCGAGGGUGGAGGCAGCGACCUUCGCAUGUGGACGGUGAACGGAGACCUGAUUGGUCACGUGCACUGCAGAGAGAUCAUCUGCUCCGUGGCGUUCUCCAACCAGCCGGAGGGCGUGUCUGUCAACGUCAUCGCCGGCGGUCUGGAGAACGGCGUCGUCAGGUUGUGGAGCACCUGGGAUUUAAAACCAGUGAGAGAGAUCACCUUCCCCAAGUCCAGCAAACCCAUCAUCAGCCUGACGUACUCGUGUGACGGCCACCACCUCUACACGGCCAACAGCGAGGGCACGGUGAUGGCGUGGUGUCGACGGGACCAGCAGCGCAUGAAGCUGCCCAUGUUCUACUCCUUCCUGAGCAGUUAUGCUGCAGGCUGACUGUGUGUCUGACGUUUACGACUGUCCUGCUCUCAGCAAGAGGACCCCCCCGCCCUCCUCCUCCUCUUCUUUCCUCCUCCUCCUCCUCCUGUCGGCUCUGGCAGGGAGGAGAACGUGUCAGCAUGGCCUCAACCUCCCUGACUUUUAAAUAAAGCCAUCCCCAGCUGAGCAAACUCGACCACCGCCACUCCCAGCAUCCAGACAUGAUUCCAAAAAUAGUAUUAUAUGUAUAUAAAUCUAUAUUUAUAAACACGCUGAAGUGGAAUGUCGGAGGAGUGGAUGAAUAUUUGGCCGUGGCUGCAACAGACACUUUAUACAAAAUGCAUUUCUGAGAGUGUGUUUCAUUUGUCUUUUAUUCUUUGAUUCCUGCUGUUGUGUUUUGUUUUGUUUUUUGUUGUUUUUGUGCAAAGAUACUUGCCUGAUGUUUAUUUUCCUGGUAAGCUGCUAUCGUCUGGCCAAAGCCGGACCCAGAGUGUGAAGACCCUCGUCUCUCACCUCGGCGGCGCUCGGAUCUCCUGCAGCGCCUCGUCUGACAGAUUGGAGCUCAGCUAGCGUGUCCUGCUGACGCUGCAGUCGCUGGGAGGGAGCAGCCCUCCGUCGUGUCUGUCACCGGGAGACGUCCUGCUCUGUGGGAGUGGGACGCCCCUGUCUGCUCCACUCAAGUCUGAACACGAGUGUCACGGCCCAGCUUCACUUUGCGUCCGAGCUCAGAGGAGGGACUGAGAGGCGAUGGGUUGAGUUGUACCUUGUGUUGCCUGUUGUUCUGUCCUGCUUUUUGCAUGCUGAGGUGAUGCUGACCUUGACUGUGUGAAUGUGGAAAUGACAUUUCCUCUCAAGACGCUCCUUGUUUAAGUCCUAAGACCUGUCUUUUUGCAUUAUGAGACAUGUUGGUAUUCAUUUAUUUAUUAGAAACACCGUGAAGACUCAUGUUUUCUUUUUUUGCUCGUGUUUUACUGACUGAAACUAUCUGCCGCUUAAAUGCACUGGAACCACUUUCACUACUUUACUGAGCUCGCUGUGAUUCUUAGAAAGCAAUUAACGGACAGCGUUAGAUGCCUGAGGCCGGAGGAGAAGCAGAGAUGACUUUUGUGAUCCUCGCCGAUAUGCGACACCUGCUUAGUACCUGUGCUGCGUUACUUAAUGGUAGUAGCUGGUGGGAGAGGUCGACCAGCUUUUCCUGCACUGAUGAGGUUUACAGCUGACCUCAGAGUCAAACACACUACACUCAUCAGUCCAGGAAACCCACCGUUUGUUUCCUCAUGCAGCUUUUCUUUACAUUCCCACUGAACUUACUGCACUUACAGUUUGUCUGUUAUUGUGUCAGAAGCACUUUGUUUUUUAAAACCAGCUGUCAUUUAAUUCAAGAUCUGAACUGAGCUUUGAUUUAAUUCCACUAAUAAAUCCAGAAAGCAAUAUCAGACAUGCAGGAGGUUACUUUCCAUCGUGUUCCACAUGGGAAGAAAACAGGAGUUUGCUUGAACACGGCUGUGAAACAAGUCGUUUUGCCUUGGCAGCGAGUCUUGAAAACUGAUGUCUUAGAGUUCACACUUUGUGUUUGAUUUGUACAUGAGAAAGGGAAUAUUUCUUCUCACAUCAUUCCUUUUUGUGUCAUUUAUCCCCUCCUCAACUUGAGUUUUGUGCAAAGCAUGAUGUUACUGUGUUGUUUACGGUCUUCACUGCUUGUGUUUAACCUUCCUCUUCUCUUAAACCUCCAAAUGAGGAGUUUGUAUGAAUGUUUUUGAAAACGGCAAAAAAAAAGCAGGAAGAGGAUGACAGACAAAGUAUUAUUUUCUGUUUAUUGUAACUUAAGCUAUGCAUAAUUUAAAAAUCAUUGUCUUAGGUUGCUUCAAUUGUGGGGGGGGGUUUCACCUCUGGCUGUUUUUUUGGCAUCAUGGACUGAGGUUCUCAAUAUUUUCAGUUUUUUUUUUGUUCGUUUGUACAUAUGUGUGUAUGUUUGGACGAACCAAGUGAUAAGUAUGUUAUAAAUAUAUAAAUAUAUAUAAAUA